AUGUUGCUGUUUUUGGCCCACCACUUUGGGGGGACUGUCGAGGCUGAAGACACAAUGCCGGGAGGAGUAAAACUCCUGCCUGUCGACAUCGUCGCUGUCGUGCAUCUCAAAGUCGCUGUCGUCCAGCAAGUCCAAUGUGUUGCCGAGAGGGGCGCGGAAAGCGUCAUCAUCGGGGGGCUGCAAAGGGGGGGAGGACCAAGCUGGAAAGGGGAAGGAGGACCGAGCUCCAAAGGGGGAGGAGGACCAAGCUGGAAAGGGGGAGGAGGACCAAGCUCCAAAGGGGGGGAGGAGCGAGCUGCGAAGUGGGGGGAGGACCAAGCUGUGAAGGGGGGGGAGGACCAAGCUGCAGAGGGGGGGGAGGACCAAGCUGCGAAGGGGGGGGAGGACCAAGCUGUGAAGGGGGGGGGAGGACCAAGCUGCGGAGGGGGGGGAGGACCAAGCUGCGAAGGGGGGGGAGGACCAAGCUGUGAAGGGGGAGGAGGAGCGGGCUGCGAAGGGGGGGGAGGGAUCUGA